CACAUUACUGUUUUACAAUGAGAUCUAUCGAUUAAAAAUAUUUUCAAUAUGGCGGCACUUCCGGUAAUACCGGAAGUUGUCAGCAACUCUCUUAUUUUAAAUUGGUAUCCUCAUUUUUUAUUACAUAUUUAAAUUCUCUGUAAAAUUUAAUGAAUUUUGAUACCAAACACUCUAUACCUAACAUUAACCGUUUUUUAGAAAAAAAAAUAUUUAAAAUUUUUGGGAGAAAAAAACUGCCUGUCAAAAAAAUCUGUAUAACCUAAACGACUAAUUUAUAUAGUUGUCGUAGUCACAUAGUGUAUUCUGUUUUUUCGUGAAGAUCCUAGUAACUUCAUGAAGCGUCGCGUCGGUUGGGUUAGCACAAGCAUCUCAAAACAGAAGAGAUUCCAUCGAUGUUGCCAUAUUGCAAUAUUACAUGUCAAUCUGCGUCAAUUGUCAUUACUGUCAUUAGUUUUGGAGGUUAUAUUUUAGAAGAUUUGCCGCCUAUUUUGAUUCGUUGAAGACCGAUAAAGGACGAUUUGUCUAUGAGGGCGAUUAUUUACUUUAUCAGCUUUGACAAUUAAAAUUUUAAUUUCUCUUUGAUUUAGAUUGUUGUUACUUAUUGAUGAAUUGUAAAAUCAUGAAUACUUGCAACAAGUGUUUGAAAACAUUUUCCAAUAUAGGAAAUUUGAAUAAACAUUUAAAGAUGGUGCAUAAAGAUAAUGCUAUUUUAGUAUAUGAAAAGGAUGAAAAAUCCUUUCAGUGCUUAGAAGGGUGUAAUAUUUCUUUUAGGUCUAAUAAGGAUUUAAUAACUCAUUUAUGUACAGUACAUAAUUUAAAAAUGGAAACUGAAGAGUUACAUUUCCCUAAUAUUGAAGAAUUCCAUAUAUUUUUAAAUAACCUUCAUAUUUCCCAGAACGUUGAAUAUGUCCAAACUUGUGGAAAGCAAGAGAAAAAAAUUAUUGUUAUGAAUGAGAAUGGGUUGUGUGAAGAGGUUAUUGAAAUUAUAUAUUUGAAAUGUAAUCGUAGUGGAAAUUAUAUAAAACCAUCAGUGCCUCGUCAAAGAGCAAUUAAGCUAACAGGGUCAUGUAAACUGAAUAGAAGUUGCACAAGUGAAAUCAAGGUUGUUUCUAAUAAGAGCACAUUGAAGGUUUCUGCUACGUUUUUAAAAUCACAUUAUGGACAUGAUUCUGAAAUACAACAUUUAAGAUUACCCAAGACUGAAAAGGCUGAUAUUGCUCAGAAACUUGCAAGUGGCAUUAGUAUAAGUCAAAUUCUUAGUAUGAAUAGGGAUAACUUUAAUCCUGAAAACCUUAACAGAACUAAUUUAUUAAGACGUAGUGAUAUACAUAAUAUUAAACGUUCAUUCAAUAUUGAAAUAUAUGAGGGUGUAAGACAUACAGAAGAUGCUGUUAGUGUAGAUAUGUUUGUUCAGGAAUGUUCAAACCUGGAAAGCAAUCCUAUAAUAUUUUAUAAACCACAGGGAGUUGAAAAUGAAGGUGUUUUAAAAAAGGAGGAUUUUUGCAUCAUUAUAAUGAACAGAGUGCAACAAGACAUAUUGAAAAUGUUUGCGGAAAACAUAGUUGCAAUAGACAGUACUCAUGGAAUGAAUGCUUACGAUUUUGAACUAACAACACUUUUAGUGGUGGAUGAGUGGGGUGAAGGAUUUCCUGGAGCAUGUAUGUUAACAAACCGUAAAGAUACAUUAGUUUUUCAAUUGCUGUUUAAAAAUAUUAGAGAUAAUAUUGGUAUUUUAAAACCAAAGGUUUUUAUGUCUGAUAUUACACAUGUCUUUUAUAAUGCUUGGAAACAAGAAAUGGGUGAAGUGCCAUCACAACUAUAUUGUGCAUGGCACGUAGAUCGUGCAUGGCGUUCUAAUUUAAGUAAAGUAAAUUCACCAGAACUUAAAACUUUAGUCUAUCAGUCGUUAAAAGUAUUACAGACAACAAAUUCUAAAGAAGAAUUUCAUGAAUUAUUAACAAAGAGUAUAAAUGAUUGGGGUAAGAAUGAAGCAACUGUUAAUUUUGGACAAUAUUUUGCAGGAAAUUAUUUAUCAAAUUAUAUGCAAUGGGCAUAUUGCUAUCGCUUAAAUUGUGGAAUUAAUACUAAUAUGCGUUUAGAAAAUAUGCACAAAGUGUUAAAACAUAUAUAUUUAGACGGCAAAAAGGUAAAAAGAUUAGAUAAAUGUUUAAAUGCUUUAAAUUUGUUUAUUAGAGAUAAAGCACUCGAAAGAGUAAUCAAGAAAAUUAAAGGCAAAAAUUCAAUCCAUUUAAAAACAAUUAAAUCAAGACAUGAUAUUGCAGUAAAAAGUAAUUGUGAAGUUAGAGAUAUUAUAGAUGAAAAUGAUAGUGCUACCUAUAAAUGGUCUGUAUCUAGUUGUUCAGAGUUAGACAGUAAUUAUAUAGUUUGUAAAAAUGAAGUUGAAAAUUGUUGCAGCCUAAUAUGCUCACAGUGUGAUAUAUGUAUUCAUUCCUAUAGUUGCACUUGCCCAGAUUUUCUAAUACAACAUACUAUUUGCAAGCAUAUUCAUGUGAUAAUAAUUAAAAAAAAUAAUUUGCUUCAACAUAAAAGUACUGAAAAUCCUGGAGCAUCUCUAACAGAAUAUAUAAAUAGUCUUAAAGGGGAGCAGUCCUAUCAAAGCAAUGAUACAUUAAUGCAAAUAAUAUCCUCUGAAACGUUAAAACUACAGAAUAACCUGUUAAAAAAUCCAAACAGAACUCUCUUAAAACAUGUUGCAAGUUGCUUGAAAAAAGAAAAUAGUUUUAUUGAGGCCACUACUUCAAAUAAUAUAAAUUUUACCAAGCUACCUAAAUCUGAAGCAGAACCAGCUAAUAAGAAAAUUGAAAAACAAAUUAGGUUCUUUUCCACAAAGAAAAAGCGUACAUUGAAAAAGACUAAAAUUUCCAAGCCAGAUAAAGAUGAAACCAAAUUUAUUAAGAAUUUUAUUCAUGGAAAAUGUGAAUUUAUUUCUAAUGAUCAAGCUAUAGACCACGAUUAUUGUAGAAGUGUGAAUUAAUUUAAUUUCUUUUAGCUUCACUUUUUUAAACAUACAUAUAAAGUAUAGCACAAAUAUGUAACCAUAUAAUAAUAUAAUAUAUACCGUGCUUUUUUAUUUUAACUAUGAACAUAGGUCUUGACAUUGCAAUGUUAUUUUGCAACGUCAUGAGAUUUUGAAGUAAGUACUCUUUUAAGUGUAUACUUAAUUCAGUAUGUAAUAUUAAGUAUCCAAAAAGAUACCCCAUAAUUGAUAUAUAAAUGUUAAAAGGAUCAUUCAGCAAUUGAGAAACUGAUUCACAAUCUUUCAGUUUUGUUAAUAUUUUAAUUUCAUACAUGCCCCGCUCAUCUCUAGAAAUUGUGAUAGUAAAGGAGAGUAUAUCUAAUAAAAUUAAGUUUCUGUUAUACAUUUAUACUCAGUUUCAGGUUCAGAUUCAUGGAUCGUUAUAUAUAACCACAAAAUGAUUAAUCUAAAAAAUGGAGAGUAUAUCUGUCUAAUAAAUCAUAUUUUUUUUAUAUUAUACCAAGUUUUAGAUUCAAGUUAAUGAAAUUUCAGCCACAAAGUGAUGUAUUUAUAUCUAAUAAAAGUGGAGAAUAUUAUUUAAUUUUUGCUAACACAUUUUUGGUAUAGAAUUAUAUCAUACUUCAAGAUUUAUGGAAUGUAGAUACAAAAUAAGUGUAUAUUUUAAAAAAGGAAGUAUUUCUAUCUAAUAAAUCACUUUUUUGUAAUACAAAAUUUAUACCAAAUUUCAGAUGUGGGUCAGAAAAUGAUGGGUCAUUAAUAUAAAAUGGAGAGUAUAUCUAUAAAAUAUGCAUUUUUUUACUAUGUAGUAUAUAUUAUACCAAAUUUGAGGUUUAGAAUAAUUAGUUAUCACAGAUAUCCAUUUUUAUAUAUGCCUAUCCCAGGUAUAUAUUUAUUUACCCAAUAAAUAUACCUAAUAUAACCAUUGUUGCACAUAGCUAUAUUUAUAUGUUGGAAACUUGUUCGGUUGAAAAGCUGAGCAAUAUAUAAAAGCAGAAUAAUUAUAUAAUUAAUUAGAUAUGUGAAUUUUUUAGGUACAAUUUGCAUACUAUUGGCUACGUUCUAGACUUAUUUAGAAUCAAAGAAUACUUCAAGAUAUAUGUACAUAUAAUACACAUAUAAUAUUUUGAUUGCUGAUAAAAA